AUGAGUUUGACUGACAAGGACCUCAAGCCGUCGUCCACAGUUUUUCAUGGAGUGGUUCCUGGAAAGUCAGCUUACCCUGUCGGGAAAAUAUCACUAGAAGUGGCUUUUGGUGAUGAGACCAAUUAUAGAGCAGAGACACUAUGGUUUGAGCUCAAGAUGCCAGGACCUGAGGGGACAAUCACCAUUCACGGAAACCACAAAAUCACUUUGGAGUGCGAGGAAGGACAUGUGGCUUACGCAGAAUCGUCUUGUGCCAUGGAGGAGCUCAAGUAUUAUAAGGAUAACAUCGACCUGACUGAUAUGAGCCCUCAGAAGAAGCCCACCACAGAGACAGACUCUCCACUUAAGUUUAAGUCAUCCAAAGAUACACAACAAGUUGAUUUUGUCCCUGGUGAUUCUUCUCAGCAGUUCACCAUUGGGACAGGAAUGGAUCCUAAAUAG